AUGUUUGCGGCCCUCGCGUUGACCAUCUUGGCCUCAUCUGCUGCUCUAUUCGCACAUGCCGAUCCAGAUCCAACCAAUCCUGGACCUGGAGAUGUCUUCAUCGAGGGCCAGGCCUGUUCCAUGAGCUGGAACCCGGAUACCACUGGCGUGUGGAAGACUAUGAUCAUCCAGUUGAAGACGGGGGACAACUUCGACAUGGUCAACUUGACCACGGUCGGCACUGUUGACGGAACGGACGCGACGAAAACUUCAUUCUCUUAUCCUUGUCCUCAGGUCACACCCCACUCGCCUAUUUACUUCUACCAGUUCUCUUCUCCAGCUUCCGCCAACAGUGUCUGGACUGGGCGAUUCACGAUCACUGACUCCGUAACCGACAUCGUCCCCGCAACUGAAAGCACUCAAUCCGAUGGGUCGGCCAUUCCUUGGGGUACCGGUUCGCUCGUCAAUUCGACCUCAACUACCACCGUUGGUACCACGAGCCCCGUGUCAGCUACAGCCAGCGCAAUUGGAAAACCGAGUGCCACUUCUUCCGUAAGUAACGCUUCAAAUAAUGCCAGUCUCACUGGCAGCAGAACAGACUCACCCAGCAGUAUUAUUUAGAGCUCUAGCGUUAGGGCCACAACUGCCAGUGCAUCUCCAACUCCGACGCCGUCCUCUGGUUCGCAAGCAACUGGCAGUGGACUCCGCUUAGCCGCGGAAAGCAUCGGCUGGAAGACUGCUUUAACCCUGGGCGCCUCGGCACUGGGCUUCACUUUGAUGCUUUAGAUUCAUGAUCUCACGAUUAGUACAGACCCCACUUCAUGUUAUCACAGCAUGCCGGAUGCUCUCUACUCGCGAAUUCUCCCAGUCAUUUAUCUCACUGUACCUUUUUCAACUCUUGGGUCUGCGGCGUGUAUGCCCAACAGGGCAAAUAUAUUGUUAAUUUAACUGGGUCGUUUCUCUGUCGGUAUUCCAUUUUUCGUAUUUAUACCACAGACAAUACUACCUUAUUGCUAAAUUAUUGCGAUGCUCCAGA